AAAAAUAAAAAUAAAUAAAUAAAUGUCAAAAUCAGCUGUUCUACUUUCUGUCAAAUUUAUUGACUAAAUAUUUAUCCUCAAUUAACAUCAAACAACAGUAAAGAAAAAAAAAAAACAAAAUUAAUAAUCAUGAAAUUGAGUAUUUAAAUUAAAAAAAAAAAUAUGUAAACAUGGAAGUUGAGGAAAUUCUAUUAAAAAUAUUUGGACAAGAUAUAAAAUCAAAUUUAGAAUCAAAUGAAAAUCAAAAAACAUCUAGCAGCAGAACAUUUUGGAGUUUAAAAAUUGCAUCAAAUUACAUCAGCAAGUGUUUAGAAUCAUUAAAUUCAAGUGAACAAUUGGAGGAUGAUCGUCCAGGUCGUAUUGGACCAAAAUUAGUACGUUUUGAUGUAUCAACUCAUCAUGGUUUAGUGAUAGUAACACCAGAUCGUUUAAGUGUAAAUUCACAAAGUAAUUUUAGUACUUUACGUGCAAAUACUGGUCUUUAUUCUGGCAAAUGGCUGUAUGAAUUACAGCUUGGUUCAAAGGGUGUUAUGCAAAUUGGUUGGGGUACAUCACAAUGUAAAUUUAGUCAAGAAAGUGGUGUUGGUGAUACUCCAAAUUCAUACUCAUACGAUGGUAAUCGUAUUAGAAAAUGGAAUGUAUCAACUCAUAAAUAUGGUGAAUCAUGGUUAUCUGGUGAUAUUAUUGGUUGUGCAUUAGAUUUGGACAAUGGUACUAUUGAUUUUUAUAGAAAUGGACGUAAUCUUGGACGUGCAUUUGAUAAUAUAUCAACUGGUUCAGGUAUUGCAUAUUUUCCAACAGUUAGUCUUGCAUUUACGGAAAAUUUAACAGCAAAUUUUGGCUCAACACCAUUACGUUAUCCAAUAAAUGAAUAUAAUCCAUUACAAGCACCACCUGAUGUACAAUUAAAAAAAGCAAAAUUAUUAUUUUCAUGGUUUGAUAAUAUAAUUAAUUUAAUUGAUGAAUCAGAUACAAUAUUAAAUCCAUUAACAUUAACAAUGAGCUCAAAAACAUAUUUAAAAUAUUUAUCAAAAUUAAUAUUACAACAUAUUGGAUGUUUAUUUUCAAAUUCAUAUAUUAUUGAAGCUAUAUUUUUGCCAUUUAUAAAACAUCUUUCUGAUAAUAUAAAUAAAUUAAUAAUAUGUCUUGAUUAUUUAUGGAUUUUUUUAGAAGAAUAUGAAAUGAAAUCAUGUUUAGAAAGUAGUGUUAUUUAUUUAUUAUCAGCAUUUCGUCAUGUAUCAUUACUAUUAGAAUAUCCAGAUCAAUGUAAAAGUUUAAUAUUAUUAACAAAUUUAUGUCGUCAUACUAAAACACGUAAAUAUUUAUUACAAAAUAUAUUAUUUGAUCGCGUACGUUUUGCAAAUUUUGUACAUGUUAAACCACUUGAUGAAAGUGGUCUUGCAAAUGUUAUUAAAAAAACAUGGUGGGAAACAAAACCAAUUGAUCCAACAAUUGAAAUAAAUAAAGAUUAUUAUAAUGAAUCAUGUGAUAAAAUAAAAUUAGCAAUAACUGAAGUUGAAACAUUACAAGUUGAAUUAUUAAUAACAUUUUUAAUAAAUACAGAUGGUGAUAAUAAUACACCAUCAUCACGUACAAUAUUUUUAAAAAAAUUUCGUAGAUUUGUACAAGAAAAUUUAUCAACAAGUCGUACACCAUUACAAAUAACUGUAUGUUGUUUUCAUAGAUUAUUAGUUGCAUUUAGAUUAUUAUGGGAUGAAGAAGUUGGUAAUGAUUUAAUUUAUAUACCAUGUAGAAUGUUUUAUGAUUCAUCAGUUAAUUAUUCUGGUAUUGAUAGACUUGGUGGUGUAUUAUCAUUUUUAAAUAAAACAUAUAAAAAUGAACUUAUACAUCAUUUGGGUCCUGAUCAUGAAGUUAUUAUAUCAAUGGAACAUACAAGAGAUACAAAUACAUUUAUGGGUGGUCCAGGAAGAAUUGGAGAAAUAUCAAUGAUGAUACCAACAUCAAAUACAACAACAGCUACAACAGCAACUACAACAACAGCUACAACAGCAACAACAAAUGGACAAAUUAUAUUUGGUUAUCCAUCAUAUAUACAAGAAGAAAAAACACAAUUAAAACUUGGUACAACAGAUUCAGCUCUUUCAUUAUUAGAGCUACUUGAAUCAAUAAUAUUAUUUUAUCAUGCAGCAGCUAAAAAACAAAUUGCUAAAGUUGCAAAUUUACGUGAUAGUAUGAUGGAAUAUAUAACAGCAAUGAUUAAUGUUAAAUUACGUCUUGAAAUUGUUAAAAAAUUAAAAGACAAUGAUUCAUUAUUAAUACAAAAAGAAUUAACAAGAACAAUUAAUGUAUUUAAUACAAAAUUAUCUGAACAAGCAAGACAUAUGGCUUGGGUACGUGCUGCUGUUUAUUCAGAAAAAAAACAAGCUCAACUUGCAUGGUUAUUAAAUGUUGUUAUUUUAACAUUAAAAAAAGCAAGUCUUGAAGGUAAUAUGUUUAGAUUUGUACCAGAUUUUUAUCUUGAAGCAUUAGCUGAUUUAUCAGUUGGUUUAAGAAAUCAUCUUCAUCCAACAGCACCAAUUGAAAAAAUAUCUGGUUAUCAAAAUAUGUUACGUGAUAUUGCACAAUUUUUAUGUGAUCAUUUUUUAGAUACAAGAAUUGUUCAUGCAAUCGCUAAAGAUACAUUGAUAUUAACACUUGCUGGUUUUACAUCAAAUUCAAUGACACUACGUGCACUUGAAGAAAUAUCAAAAGAAUCAAGGAUUAAAUUUGUCAAAAAUAUAUUACGUCCAUAUGAUAGUCGUGCAUGGGCACAAUCAAAUUGGGUACUUGUUAGAUUUUGGCAAGGUAAUGGUUUUGCAUUUAGAUAUGAAAAAAGUCCACAUUUAUCAAAAAAAAUUGGUCCAAAAAUGUUACAACAAGAAUCAAUAUCACAACCAAUAAAACCAUGUCCAUCAAUUAUUUAUCAAUCACAUGUACGUGAUAUAUUAAUUGAUAAUCAACGUAAUACAAUGCAAUUUUUAAAUUCAUUAUUAAAUCAAAUGAAUUGGGCAUUUUCAGAAUUUAUAAGUAUGGUACAAGAAAUUCAUAAUGUAUCAUCAAGACCAGAAAGAGUAUUUAUUGAAUCACGACAAUUAAAAAUAUGUGCAACAUGUUUUGAUUUAGCAAUAUCAUUAUUAAGAGUUAUUGAAAUGAUUGCAACAAUUGCACCAACAAUAUUUAAUGAUACAACACAAUCAAGUGAAAGUAUAUUAGCAAGAUUAUGUCAAUUAUUAUGUCAAAUAUUGAAUAGAGUUAGUUCACAAACAAGUUGUUUUCAGCAUGUUGUACAACUUGAUAUUCCUGAUUUAGAAACAAUUGAUCAUUUUCCAAUUCUUGCUGCUGUUAUUGGAAUAUUAUUAGCAUUAUUAAAAGAUGAAAUAAUAUUAUAUAAAAAUACUGAUGAAAUUCCAAAUGUAACUAAAGCAUUAUUAUCAGAACCAAGUUUUCAAAUAACAUCAUUAUAUUUUAUUAUUGGUGAUAAUAAUUUAUUAAACAAAGAUGGAAAAAUAAAAAAUAUUAAAAAAUUUACAAUUGAAAAUUAUAAAAAUGAUGUUAAUACUGAAGAAAUAAAUAGAGUUAAAGAAAUGAUUAAAUAUCUUGAUGAAAAAAGAAUAUUAAUGCCAGAUAGUCGUAUUGUCAGUGAUGAUGAUGACACUUGUAUUAUUUGUUAUGCAUACAGUACUGGUGCUGUAUUUAAACCAUGUAAUCAUCGUUCAUGUCGUGUUUGUAUUGAACGUCAUCUUUUAAAUAGUCGUGAAUGUUUUUUUUGUAAAACAAUUAUCAUUCAAGUUUAUGAUUUAAAUGGCAAAUUACUUCAUGAUUUUAAUUCAACAAAUUCAUCAUCAUCAUCAUCGUCAGCUUCAUCCUCAUCAUCAUCGUGAUAUCAGUGGAUAAGUAGAUUUAGAAAAGAACGAAGAAAACACUAUUAAUUUUAUUUAUUAACAAAUUAUAAUUAUUAUAUAUAAUUAUAAAAGACAAAUGACAAGUUGAUGUAUAAUUUCAACUGGUAAUAUAUUUAAAUCCUGAAUAUACUGUACAAAAAUAAAACCAGAUAUUAAAUCAUCGUGUCAUGUUACAAUAAUUGCCAUUAAAUACUUUUGCUUUUUAUAUAUUACUUAAAUAAUAUAAUUAUUUAUUAUUAUAAAUAAGAUAAUCAAGCAGAUGAAUAUUAAAAUACAAAAAUGACAAAUGUAGCUAUAAAAAAUAUUUAUGAUUUAUUGAUGUUGUGUAAUUAUUAAACAAAGAAAAGACAUCUUUUCACAGAGUCACAUGAUUGAUCAAAAAAAAAGCCAACAGAAUUGUUGAUGUAAAAAUUGGACUGUUUAAUUCUGGAGAAUGUGACUCAUCAAUUCCAAAAUGUUUUGGAUCCAAAGACUUUGAUAACUGCGUGCAGGAAAAAAAGAAAAGACAACAAUGACAUUCCUAUGAACAAAUAAAAUGUAAAAUUUGAAUAGACUUUUGAUUUGUUUAUAAAAUAUUAAUGCAAAUAACUUUCUGUUGUUAUUUUUGUGUUGUUUUAUUUAAAGAAAUUACUCAUUUUAAAAAGAAGAACAAAUAAUUGGUACAAUUUUAAACGCGUGAUAUUAUUUUGAUAUAAUUUAAUGAAUU